CGAGAUUCCAGAGGCAGGCCCAAAUAAGUGGCCGGAGUAGCCAGAGCAAGGAGCCAGGCCAGGCCAGGCCAGGCCAGGCCGGAGGAGUCCUGGCAGCCAACAUGGGGCGAGGCCUCAGGGCCUGCCAGAUGAGCAGCAGCUGCUCGGGCCUGAGCAGGGUCCUGGUGGCCGUGGCUGCAGCCCUGGUUUCUGCCUCCGCUGCUGGCCCCCAAGCCUGGGGCCCCACAGGGGUCCAGUAUGGGCAGCCUGGCCGGCCCCUGACGUUGCAUUGCCCUGGAGUGACUGCUGGAGUCCCUGUGUCCUGGUUUCGGGAUGGAGAACCAAGACUGCUCCAAGGACCUGACUCUGGGCUAGGGCAUGAGCUAGUCCUGGCCCAGGUAGACAGUGCUGACGAGGGCACCUACAUCUGCCAGACCCUGGAUGGUGACAAGGGUGUCGUGACCCUGAAGCUGGGCUACCCCCCAGCCCGCCCUGUCGUCUCCUGCCACGCGGCCGACUAUGAGAACUUCUCCUGUACCUGGAGCCCCAGCCAGGUCAGCGGCCUGCCUACCCGCUACCUCACCUCCUACAGGAAGAAGACCAUGCUGGGGGCUGAGGGCCAAAGGAUGAACCUAUCCACAGGGCCCUGGCCCUGCCCGCAGGACCCCCCCGGGGCUGCCCGUUGUGUGGUCCAUGGGGCAGAGUUCUGGAGCCAGUACCGGAUCAAUGUGACCGAAGUGAACCCCCUGGGGGCCAGCACGCGGCUGCUGGACGUGAGCCUGCAGAGUAUUUUGCGCCCUGACCCACCCCAGGGGCUGCGGGUCGAGUCAGUCCCUGGAUAUCCCCGGCGCCUCCAUGCCAGCUGGAUGUACCCGGCCUCCUGGCCCCGCCAGCCCCACUUCCUGCUCAAGUUCCGACUGCAGUACCGCCCAGUGAAGCAUCCAGCCUGGUCCACGCUGGAACCAACUGGACUGGAGGAGGUGAUCACGGAUGCAGUGGCAGGGCUGCCCCAUGUCGUGCGGGUCAGCGCCCGGGACUUUCUGGACGCGGGUACCUGGAGUGCCUGGAGCCCCGAGGCCUGGGGAACCCCAAACAGUGGACCCCCACCGAGAGAGGUACCUGCUGGGCUCCCACUACACAGUGAGCCUGAGGAGGAGGUGCAGGGUGACAGCCCCACCCCGUCACGGCCCUCCCUGCAACCAGACCCUCGGCCACUCGACCACAGGGACCUCCUGGAGCAGGUGUCCGUGCUGGCCUCUUUGGGGAUCUUCUCUUUUUUGGGACUGCUGGCUGGUGCCUUGGCGUUAGGGUUCUGGCUGAAGCUGAGGCCACGAGGGAAAGAUGGAUACCCAAAGCCUGGCUUCUUGGCCCCGAUGAUUCCAGUGGACAGACUUGCAGGAGCCCCCACCCUGCCGAGGACUCAGGAGGUCUUCAGCUGAUCUCUCACUGUUUUGCUGGUGUAGAUGGAUGGACAGAUAGAACCCAGGCAGAAGAGUAGAGCCCAGUGGAGGGGCGUGUCUCAACUUCAAGUUCUCGUUGGAGUCCAUUUCUGUGACUUUUUUUCUGACUUGCCGGCAGAAAUGUGCUUGGAUUUCUGAUCACAUCCCAGGGCAGGAAGAAGAAGUGUGUAGGGUGUGUGUGUGUGUGUGUGUGUGUGUGUGUGUGUGUGUGGUGCCAUGUGUAUUCGGGGCAGGGAACAGUGUACAGGUACAUCAGAGUGUAUGGCUUUGCCCGGUGCGGGUGGUGAUGGUGUGAAUAAAG